AUGGAGUUGAACUUUUCUCCUUAUAUGCUCCAGGGAGCUAAAUGCCAGUUUGAAUAUGAGCGAUCAUCUACCACCAUUGAUGCUGGGUAUUUCAGUGCCUGUGGCAGCUUUUCUCCAAGUUCCUCUAUUGAUUCUGGAUGUUUUUCUCCUCCUGUGAGCUGUUGGGGAGCUGGAAGACAGCCAGAGGCCGCUGGGAUCGACUGCGUACCAGCUAAAAAACCCAGAUUAGUUCUACCUGCUGAUGGAAAGAGACAUUCCAGGUCCAAAUACCCUGGAACGAAGCGUCAGACGGCCAGUGAAAGAGAGAAGCUCAGGAUGAGGGAUCUAACCAAGGCUCUCAGUCAUCUCCGAACCUACUUACCUCCUUCUGUGGCUCCUCCUGGACAAACCUUGACCAAGAUCGAGACCCUUCGCCUCACUAUUAGCUACAUCUCGUUUCUUUCUGCUCAGCUGGAACAGUCUGAGGAGACCUCCAACCAUGAAACAACACCAAGAUGCUACUCACAAGAUACUUCAGAUAGGUUUCAGAAUGGUCUGCCUUCAGAAACUUGGUGUCUGGAUGAGCCACAGGGACUUGUGCAAGACAAUGUCCAGUAUCGUCCAGCAUUCAUGACCUUCAGUGAUUCAGCACAACAGAUGGAAAACAACUUUCCUGCUACUUCACACUUCAGAGAUGCACAAUCCUAUAUGUUUCCCUGCACAACAACACAUGAUGCUACAAACAGCCAUCAGUUUUUCCAACGAAGAACACAAGAGGAUAGGAGAUGA